AUGCCUCCUCACAGCCACGAAGCAUCUUUCAGGGGAUGGAUUCCAAGCCUUGACGACUCUGAGCUGACGCGCUCAGGUUCCGGGCUCGAGCUCCCCAAACUCGGAUCCCUCAAGCGGCGCAGGUCCCCUCCUCCUGGCCAAAGUAAGAUGGGACUCUCCAAGCUUGCUUUCGUUAUGUCCCUGAUCUUCUGCGGGGCGACUUGCAUGCUUCUUGCCUGGCCAAGGGAGGGCGUGAGCGACGAUGAAGACAAAUGGGGACCGGAGGCCGUUCAGAAGUCAGGGCGGCUUCUGCAGGCGGAAGAAAGCUGGAGGGAUCCGGAGGUUCCUCUGGGAACAUACAUCCCUGAAGAACUUCCGGCUCAUAGUGAUUCAUCCACAAGGAAUCCAUCCUCCUCCUCCUCUCUGCUGUCUGUCGAGACGGCUGUGGUUCCUAGGAUAAUGCUGAAGACCGAAGACGUUGCUGGAGAAUCCCAUAACCUUCUUUCAAGCACAUCAGACAUAAGCAACCAGGAACCGGUUCAGGAUCCCCUGCCGCUGUCAGCUUCAGUUUCAGACAGCGCUGACAUCUCAGAAAACCUGAAAGUUCUCAAGAAACCAAAGGAGAACUCCCCUGAUAGCCUGGCCCUUGAUCGCAAGGGUUUUGGAACACUUGUAACCGAGAACAAGCAGACUGCACCGCGGGCAAAGAUGAUGAUGGUGACUGGUGUUGAUUCUGCAACCUGUUCGACCGAGCGGGGGAUGGAGAUUGGUAUGAAGGGGCUGCAAAACAAGAUGGACUACGCCAGGCUGCACAAGAUCGACCUGUGGUACAGUCUGGAGCUGUUCGACGAGAAGUUCGACAUCUACUGGAUGAAAUACCCGCUGCUCAAGAAGCUUAUGCUGGCCAACCCGGACAUCGAAUGGUUCAUGUGGAUAGACUCGGACGCAAUUUUCACGGACAUGACCCUGGAGAUACCGUUCGAAAAGUACAAGGACCACGACAUCGUCUACACCGGAAGCCCGAAAGCCGUCUACGAGGACGCACAUUGGCUGGCCCUCAACGCGGGCGUGUUCCUCAUCCGCAACUCCCAGUGGUCGUUUGAUUACAUGGCCGAGUUGAUGCGGAUCGGGGAGAAGGGAGAGCCGAGAAACUCGUAUGCGGCCCUCCUGAACAAGAAAGUGAAGGGAAGAAAGGAGAUUAGCUCCGAUUGGCCCGCUGACGACCAGUGCACGGUGGUCUACUUGCUGUCCUCUUUCCCGGACAAGUGGGGAAAGAGAGUCUAUCUCGACGAGGAGAUCCAAUAUCACCACUGGUGGCUGAAUACCUUCGAAGACCUGGAGAAGAUGCAGCUGGGGAACGGUGUGAACGGGGGCGCCAAGUGGCCCUUCGUCAGCCACUUCACCGGCUGCAAGUUCUGCCACGCGCAGGGCGCUGACCCCGAGCGCUACGACUCGUGCCUCGAGAACUUCGACAAGAUCUACCACUUCGCAAUGGACCAGGUGCUCCGACCCCUCGGACUGAAACACAAGGUUCUUGGAAGCCCCCAGAUUGUAGCCAUUUAG